AUGCCCACUUCUGCCGAUGAGGGCAGCAGCCCCCCGGCCGACCCUUCGGCCGACAUCAAUGAUGCAGACGACCACGAGUCCUCCUCCUCAGGGAGCUCUUACAUAGGCAGCGACGCUCCUGCCGUGCCGAAUUUCAAUUGUCCAUGGAGGACAGAAGAGUUUCAUGACGAAGAGUGCUCGAGAUACUUUGACUGUCCGACACACCUCGUCGAACGUCGUCUCUCUGAGUCCGGGUCGUUGAGUCAGCGGGAAGAUACGGUUGGACCCGGGCACGAUGAUGUCCCAUCCUCCGGUAAUGAGCAAAGAAGCUCCGACAGCGAACAUGUGUCAGACACUAGCUCUCUUGAACAGGAAAGGGCCUCGAGGUCGACAUCCCCUGUCCAGCAGUCAGAAGAGGAACCACGCUACCGCGAUCCUGCAUCUGCAUCUGCACCUACUCUCCAGAAUACAAGCGGCGAUAUCACGAGCACAAAUCCCGAACCAGCUGCUUCCAAUCCCGUCCUCUUACUACCCACCCGAAAUGCGAGCCUCCCUCACCCUACUACGAGCGCAUCCCAAACUGUCGACGCCAGUCAACAUUACCGCCGCUUUCCGAGUCCUCCACUCCCGCCAAUUCCCCAGCAGAGGAGUCGUCCAAGCACUUUAGAGUUGCCUUCCUCCUCGCAUAACCGGGGAGAUCCUCUGGGUUCUGGCACGUUCGCAUCGGGAUCUAACUAUCAAGAACCCCCGGAGAUCAUUCUACCUCGAUGGCAGCCCGACUCUGACGUCACUUUCUGUCCAAUCUGCCGCUCACAAUUUAGCUUCUUUGUUCGCAAGCACCAUUGCAGAAUCACCAUUCCAUACCAGUACAUCGUGCGGCCGCCUAGCCAAGUGCGCAUGUCCCAGUUGUACUUUGGUGAGGACGGCUUACCCUACGGUGAUGGAGGAGAGCGCAGCAUUAUGGGUAAUGCGCUGAGCGACCCUUACUCACGUGGUCGAAGCGUUACAAUGAACUACCCCGCCGCCUCGGGGUCUAGACGCCCCUUCACGUCGACGGAGAACCAGAUUCUCGCCGGUACCCCGCCUGUCUACUAUUCAUCAUCGGCAUCGGCAUCGACAUCCCAGCACCCUUCUUCCCGGAUGAGGUACCGCGCGGUCAGGGAUUCUGCGACCGCAUCUUCCUCAAGCCAAAGAGCAUUACCGCCCACUCCGCAAAUUCCGGAGGAGGACGAAUGUCCGGUCUGCCACCGAGAGUUGCCGUCUCGCACCCUCCCUAACUUUGAGGCGUUGCGAGAAUCGCAUAUUACCUCUUGCAUUGCCUCUCAUAGUGCCUAUGGAAGUAGUACUAGCGCCGCGGGCGAGGGCGGCGGAUCUCCUGGAGACGGGACGGCCCUCGCUUCCCCCAGGUCCAUAAGACGAACGGGCAUGUUCCCAUACCUAGCGACAGAAAAGGACUGCGUCGACUCGGCCGAGUGCACGAUCUGCCUCGAGGAAUUCGAGGUUGGCGUGCCCAUGGCGCGACUGGAGUGUCUCUGUCGUUUUCACCGGAGGUGCAUAUCAGCAUGGUUUGUUAACCACCCUGGUCGUUGCCCCGUUCACCAGCAUGAUAGUUACGGUUAUUGA